AUGGGUAUCAAAAUCGAAGAAGAUCCGAUUGAUGAUAACCAAGAAAUUGGUUGUGGCUAUCCUGGCAGACCAGCACAUUCAGAUGUGAUAUUCUCCGAUGAUAGUUUAGGUCCUGGCACAGUGGCAACGUAUGUGUGUGAACGUGGUUUUGAAUUACUAGGUCCAUCACGACGUGUUUGUCAGGGAAAUGGUGUGUGGGUGCCAGAGGGUAUUCCAUUUUGUGUAUUAAAUGUGGCUGCUGGUAAAGCUCCAAUGCAAAUUAGUACCGAUGAUGGAGGUAUUCCACAAAAGGCAAUUGAUGGGAGCACAAGUUCAUUUUAUACGGGUGACACAUGUACUCUAACAAAAGUGGAACGUGUUCCAUGGUGGUACGUCAAUUUAUUGGAACCAUAUAUGGUACAAUUGGUACGAUUAGAUUUUGGAAAUUCAUGUUGUGGUCCAAAUAAGCCAGCCACUGUGAUCAUACGUGUUGGUAAUAAUCGUCCCGAUUUAGGUACAAAUCCAAUAUGCAAUCGUUUCACUGGAUAUAUUGAAGAAGGUCAACCGUUAUUCUUACCAUGUAAUCCACCGAUGCCGGGUGCAUUUGUCAGUGUACAUUUAGAAUUACAAACACCUACACAAUUAUCGAUAUGUGAAGCAUUUGUUUAUACAGAUCAGGCAUUACCAAUUGAACGAUGCCCGCAAUUUCGUGAUCAACCCCCAGGCAGUACAGCCACAUAUAAUGGAAAAUGUUACAUAUUUUAUAAUCGUCAACAACUGAAGUUUCGAGAUGCAUUAGCAUUUUGCCGUAGCCGCGGAGGCACACUAGUCGAUGAAAGUAAUCCAGCAUUACAAGGAUUCAUAAGUUGGGAAUUAUGGCGAAGACACAGGAGCGAUUCAAAUAGUCAAUAUUGGAUGGGUGCCGUUCGAGAUCCGCAACAACGCAACAAUUGGAAAUGGUUAAAUGGUGAAGAUGUAACAGUCUCAUUUUGGAACUUACCUGGUGGUAAUGAAGAUUGUGCUCGAUACGAUGGAUCCAAAGGAUGGCUAUGGUCGGAUACGAAUUGUAACUUGAAUUUGAAUUAUAUAUGUCAACAUCAACCUAAAGCUUGUGGUCGACCAGAACAACCACCCAAUUCAACAAUGAUCGCACAAAACUUCAAUGUGGGAUCAAAUAUUGAGUACCAAUGUGACGAGGGUCAUCUAUUAGUUGGACCAUCAAUACGAACAUGUUUGGAUACAGGAUUCUAUAAUGAAUUCCCACCGGUAUGUAAGCGUAUUCAAUGUGGAUACCCUGCUGAUAUUGUCAAUGGCGAAUAUCAUCUAACCAAUGGAAGUGUUGGAUAUUUGAGCCAUGUCGUUUACAACUGUCAUGAUGGCUAUGAAAUGAUUGGCCGGGCCCAAUUAAUCUGUGAUAUUGACGAACGAUGGAAUGGACCACCGCCAAGAUGUGAACCAAUUGUUUGUGAACCACCAAUACCAAUAGCAAAUGGUCGAUUUAUUGCCACUAAUAACGAUACUAUUUUUGGAACAAUUGUGGAAUAUUUCUGUUCAAGAGGAUAUAAAUUAGUUGGUGCAAAACAAGUGAUUUGUCAAGCUAACGGGCAAUUCGAUUCACCGCCACCUGUUUGCAAAGAGGAUCAAAAUACAAUUGCCCCAUCAAAUCCGUCAUCGACCAGUCGUCGCCCGUCACGACCUCCAACAUCACCCUCAUCGACAAGUACACGCCAACGAACAACGAAACCCACAAGACCAUCAGUAACCACUUCAUUACCCACACAAAAACCAAUUCCCGCUCCCAAAGAGGACAAAGAUAACAAUUUAAGUGGUUCCGUUGACAUACCAGCGAUUGACGCGCAUCCAGGUCGUGUUCGAGAGGAUAAGAAUCCGUAUCGUCGUAAAAUAACGACUACAACCACGACAACCACACAUCCAAAACGUAAAGAGGAUUUAUAUAGUGGUGCUUCACAUCCGCAAGAGAAUGAGAUUACAAAUAAAAUUAGUGGUCGACAAGAUGAGAGUGCAAAUGUGAAUAUACCAUUAUCGGUAGACGGUGGUAUCGAUCGACGUGGUGAUACAUAUGUUGCCCGCUUGAAUUUGGGAGCAAUUAUUGCACUUGGUGCAUUUGGUGGAUUUGUAUUUCUUGCAGCACUUAUUACCACAAUAGUGAUUCUGAUACGAAGAAAUCAAAGUGCCAAACAUUAUCGACAUCGAGCUUCUCCAGAUUGUAAUACGGUUGCAUCCUUUGAUUCCUCAAGUUCAGAAUCACGUAACGGUUUAAACCGUUACUAUCGACAAGCAUGGGAAAAUUUACACGAAUCAGCUGGUAGUAAAGCUGGCUUAAAAGCAAGUCGUGCUUCUGGUGCAAAUCAUUCACCGUUACGACGUAAGGAAACCUUAGAUGAUCCACAUUUCAAUCGUGAAAGGCAUCGUGAAGGUUCAGCUGAACUGGUUGUUGCCGAUAUAGCAACCACGUCAAAUCAACAACAUGCAGCUUUACGACCAUCUGGUGAAAAGAAACGUCACCAUCAUCAUCACCAUCAUCACGAAACGCGUGGGGCACAUAAGGAUUGGGGUGUGCCACGAAAUACAUCACACCAUCGUGAACAUAACCACAGUAGGAAAUAUUGACAACCUCAUAUGGUUAUUACAAUUAAAUUGGAGGAAUAGUUUCAAAUCGAAUAGACCAAUCAUUUUGAUCGAAGAAAAAUGGAAGUUUUAAAACUCAGUGGCGUAUUUAAGCAGUCUUAGUGCUUUGCUAUGAAAAAUUUUAUUAUCUGGGUCAAUUAAGCAACUUUCGCACACAAAUACAGCUAAAAUCGCAUUUGGAUUAAUAUAAAUUAUAGCUACAAGUAAUUUUUAUGUUACAAGGAGUUCGUUUGGUGGCUUGGUCACUAAAAACAAGA